UUCGUCAUUAAUUAAGUACUUACUCGUACGUCUACUGUUUAAGUUUUAAAUACAGUUUACAUACAGUACUGUAGAUCAUCCAAUAUUAAUUCGUUUGGAACGCUGCAGUUUUCGGUUUUCUCCAAAAUUAAAUUUUAACGUUUGUAACUUUGUUGCGACUUUCAUUGCUCGUUUUCAGUGGCUUACUUGGCGAGAUUUGUGCGAACCUAUUUCGAGGUUUGCGAAAUAUUUUGUCCGUGCUUUGUUGGGAUACAUUGAAACAUUCUACAAUAGUGAAUUAAGUUGUGUUUUUAUGAUAAUUUGGCCAGUCUUUGGAAGGAGAUGGUUUGCGAGAAGUGCCAAGCGAAGCUUGGAAAAGUUAUAACUCCGGAUCCAUGGAAAUCGGGUGCUCGCAACACGACAGAAGGUGGAGGCCGGAAAGUCAACGAAAAUAAGGCACUGACAUCCAAAAAAGCCAGAUUUAAUCCUUAUGACAAAUUCGAAAAAUGUAAGAUCUGUAAAGUCACAGUCCACCAAGUGGGAUCCCAUUACUGCCAAGCAUGUGCCUACAAAGUUGGAAUUUGCGCCAUGUGCGGAAAGAAGUUAAUAGAAACUAAAAACUACAAACAGUCGGCAGUUUGAGCCGCUUUCCGGGGUCAUGGGCCUCAUGACAGUUCCCCAAGUGGAUUCCUUCUCACCUUAUUUUAGUGCAAUUUUUCGUGCAGUUUAGCGAAACUGAAAAGUUGCUUUAAUGCUCCUUAGCUCGUUUUACCAUGUUAUGAUGUUACAUGUCUGUUAGAAGUGUAUAAAAGAACCAUUCGAUGCCCGCAUUAAAGUUGUUGUUGCUAAUGCGGACAGUAAAUAAAUAAAUAAGUUUUU